AUGGCACCCAGUCCUACCCAACCAACACCCCCUUCGUCCACUUCUUCCACCAACGGAGCCUCGCCCGAUGGUCAGCCAUAUCGCGUUGUAAGGAAGCGCAACAGGAUACCGCUGUCAUGUGCGCCGUGCAGGCAUCGCAAGUUGAAGUGCAAUCGUGGUCACCCGUGCGAUAACUGUUCGAAACGAGGAGACACUGCUGCCUGUAGUUAUGCGACACCCGGGAACCGCAAGAAGGCUGGCGCGAACGGCGCGAAUCAGUCACCGGACGAUAUGCAGGAACGAAUCGACAGGCUCGAGGGUCUGGUACUGUCGCUGAUGACUAGUGGAGCACAACCGGGUGGAACGGCUGCUGCGCAAGCUGCCAUCAGCAGCAGUCGCAGUAACAGCCUCAGCAAUGCAUCUGAACUCAGAUUAGAUGCGGCGGUCGCAGACAUGAUACCUGAAGAGGGAGAGCCUAGAGAGGACGAAAGCGAGGUUGAACACAUCUCACGCGGCAUUGGCAUAAUGAAGAUGCAGGAUGGCAAAGCUGUUUACGCAUCAGAUGCUCACUGGUACGCUAUCCUUGGCGAGAUUGCGGAAGUCAAGAAUUAUUUCAAUAGCCACAAAGAGGAUUACAAGAACCACAUGGCCAAGGUCCAGGCUGCCAAGGCAGACGAGAGUCCGGGCACCGCCUUUCUCCUGCAAGGACCGGCAGCAAAGGACAAAUCCGAGCUUCUGGCCGCGUUCCCAUCGAAAGCAGAUGCUGAUAGACUCAUUGCGCGAUACUUCAAUGCAUAUGACCCUUCUGUGCACAUAAUCCAUGGUCCCUCGUUUCAGAAACAGUAUGAUAAGCAUUGGCUCAACCCCGAAGACACCUCUGUCAUCUGGCUCGGCAUGUGCUUUGCCAUGAUGACUCUGGCACUACAAUCAUACCAUAGAGCUGGUGAUGAACCACCAGAGUAUCGAGGCCGAUCGCUGGAGGUGUCACAUCAGCAUCGGAGACUUACCGCACAGUGCCUGCUGCUUGGAGACAUAACACAGCCCAAUCCGCAGACCUUGGAGACUCUGGUAUUACACGUGCAAGCCGAGUGUGGACGAAGCAGAGAUGCUGAGCCCGGCGUGCUGUUGAUGACGGGUCUCUGCGUGAGACUAGCCAUGCGCAUGGGAUACCAUAGAGACCCAGCACCCCAUCCGGCCAUCAGUCCGUUCCAAGGUGAAAUACGGCGACGUGUAUGGACCUUCGUGCGACAAUGCGAUCUGCUGAUUUCCUUCCAAUUUGGUCUACCCGCAAUGAUCAGGACCGACCACAUUGAUACUGAGAUGCCACGUAAUCUCUACGACGAUGAGCUUUACGAGGGGAUGAAAUCACUGCCACCUUCGCGGCCAGCGUUCGAAGCAACGCCAAUGUCGUAUAUGAUUACGAAAGCGAGAAUGACAUUCCUGUUCGGCCGCAUCGUCGAGCGUGCGCAGUCGGUCACGAACCCGCCUACAUACGAAGAAACUCUCAAGUUCGAUGCUGAGCUCAGAGAGAUGCGGUCACAACAUCCGCCGUUACUACAAAUGCGCUCGUUCCAAGAAUCGGCAAGAGACCCUGCGAACCUCAUUAUGCAGCGGCUUGGGCUGGAAAUGGUCUACCUGCGUUCACUGUUCGUACUGCAUAGGCGCUUCAUCUCCAGAGGUCGAGAGAACCCCAGAUAUGCAUACUCAAGGAGAACUUGUCUUGACGCCUCUAUGGAACUGUUGAAUCAUCAAGCCACUCUGCACCGUGAGUCUCAGCCUGGAGGUCGUCUGAGGUCGGUGAAGUGGUACAUCUCUUCGUUGACAACUCAUGACUUCCUACUUGCCGCGAUGCUGGUGUGUCUGGACCUGUAUCACACCGCCGAGGCCGAGCGAACGGGACGGAAGACCAACCUUCCCAACUCUCCGCUCAUGCCUGAUACAUACGAUGAAGGCCGACGAGAGCAGAUGAUGCAAGCAGUUGAGCACUGCAUCAUCAUCUGGGAGUCGGUUCGUGAUCAGAGCAUGGAAGCUUACAAGGCGUCUGUGACUCUGCGCGUGAUGGUUGAAAAGCUGAAAGCACAUCAAGGCGGCCAAAAAGCGCCCACUCCCUACCCACAGCAGCAGCCAGGACUUUCCUACCAGCGAGCACCGAACUUCGGCAUGUUUCCCAACGGCAAUGUGUCGGAUGUGAACACGGACGAUUUGCCCCCGGAGCAGUCAGCGGCGAUGACCCUGGGCAUGCUUUCCUCUGGCGGUAUGUCGCCAGGACCGAACUUCGGGUUGAAUAUGCAGCAGAUGACUUCCGCGCCCGAGAAGCAGUCCUAUCCGGCAAGCAUGGCGGCAUUGCUCAACGACCCAAUGACCGAGACGACUGAGAGGACAGGAUAUACACCACAGUACUCCGGACCAGAUACCAACUCCACCAACGCCAACGGUAUCGCAGGUGCCGCCAGUCCCAUGAGCCAGAUGCUUGGACAGAGCGGCAACUUCAUGGGGAUGGAUGGCUUAGGUGGGGCAGACAUUGACUGGGGCGCGUGGGAUUCAUACAUUCAAGGCACAAACACCAGUGGCAUAGACGCUUCGCAGAUGUGGCCUUUGAACCUAGAUCUGGCAAUGGACACCGGUGCUCAGCAGGGUCAACAGAACGGAGGGAAUGGCAUACAGUGCGCUCGAGGCACCUUCUGCCCGCAAGGCUCGUACGAGCCUACACGAUGCUCGCUGGGAGCAUAUUGUCCACCAGGAAGUGCGCGUCAAGUUGAGCUACUACCACUGUACCUCCUUCUCGCCCUCUACGCCAUCGCCGUCCCCGCCCUGCUGUUUGUCUACAUCCGCCAACGUCGAAGCGCUCGAAGCGCUGCACCAACCGAGCAAGACGUCACAAUCAACUACGACCCAUUCGCUGAGCUCCUACUACCCAUCCGCGACCACGAGAUCCGCCGCUGGGGCAUCAUGACUGACAACCACGAAGCCGAAAGCACAUCCAUGACAAAUGACGACGGCACAUCCAUCAGCAGCACAGACGCCUCACCAGAGCAAGAGAGACUCAUCGCGUCGCUCAAAAAGGCCAUGGGCAACGACUCUAUCGGCAUGAGCUUCUCAUUCAACCAUCUCCGCUACAUCAAGAAGGGCAAAGCCAUCAUCAACGGUAUCACCGGAUCCAUUCCAGGUGGAAGCUUCGUAGGGCUUAUGGGUGGCUCUGGAGCAGGAAAGUCCACUUUUGUCAACCUAAUGAUGGGAAGAAUCCAGCCAACCACUGGAUCUAUCGGCAUCAACGACCAUUACAACAUGAAAGCCUACAGAAAGCUCAUCGCCUUCGUUCCACAGGACGACAUCCUACUCCCUGAGCUCACUGUACGCGAGAAUAUCCUCCACUCUGCCCGCAUUCGCCUCCCGUCAACAUGGACACGUGCCGAUAUUGAGGAACACGUCAACGCCUUGAUCGCCUGCCUGGGACUCACACACGUUCAGCACUCUCAAGCUGGCGAUGCUGAGAAACCGAUCAUAUCUGGCGGCCAGCGUAAACGUGUCAACAUUGGCUUGGAACUGGCAGCGGCUCCGAUGGCUGUUUUCGCAGAUGAACCGACUUCAGGGCUCGACUCUUCCACCGCAGCCAGCAUUGUGCAGUUGCUUCGCAGAAUCAGCGACAUCGGAAUCACGGUAGUCGCCGUCGUACACCAGCCACGCGAACAGCUCUUCCGAUCCUUUGACAAGUCCUUGCUCAUGAAGAAUGGAAAAAUCGUCUACAGCGGUUCCACUGCAGGUGCCCAACCAUGGUUCCACGACCAAGGCUAUGACUUCCCGGAUGGAGAAAACCCGGCCGACACGAUAAUGGACAUCAUAACUGGCGAUGGUGAGCAAUACUACACCGGACAUGCCGCCCACAGUGAUGUCGAUCUCAUCGACAGAUGGGAGAAUCGUCCAGCCACCGAUGUCCGCCAGACUCGUCUCACAUUCGCCACUGAGCUUCCAGCCCAACGCGGUACCUCUCGUCUGAACCAAGUUGUCUACUGCUCCUGGAGAGCAUUCUUGCAGCAAAGUCGCAAGGUCUCGUCCCUGGUUUAUGAGCUUCUCAUUGCCACAAUCGCCGGUCUCCUCAUUGGCCUCGCAACAAAUGGCCCACAAGGUCAUCUCUUCAGAGGCGUAUAUCAGCAGCCCUUCUUUCCCCUAUCGAGCGCUCCAGACUAUACCACCGCUCCUCAGUACGCACUCCUCAGUGCUAUGGCCAUUGGUUUCGCUGCCGCCGCGCCAGCUGUCGCCACCUUCUCCACGGAAAAGCUCGUCUGCAGCAGAGAAGCGCGCGCCGGUCAUUCGAUUUCAGCCUACUACCUGGGGAAGACGCUCUCAACUAUACCGCGCAUCAUGAUGAGCAGCCUGCACUUCACAAUCGCUUUGGUAUUGCUCUCAUACCCGCGCGCCGGCUUUGGUUGGAGCUACCUCACGAUGACUGGUUACUUUUGGGCAGUGCAUGGGCUAUGCGGCUGCGUGGCUGUUACAUUCAAGCGGGAGCACAGUGCAAUGCUCGGCGCGGUAUUCUGUCUGGCAGUGGGCGCGUUGUGCGGUGCAUCGCCCUCACUGGCAAAGCUCGACUCCUGGCAUCUGGGUGGGCUCCUCAAGGUGGUAUCGCCGGGUAUAUGGUUUGCGGAAGCGGUCAUCGGGGGCGAGCUCGCGCCAGUCGCUUACCUCUAUCGCCUCGACAUCGCUGCCAAGGGAAUGGGAUUCAACUUCUAUCAGUACGCCAUGGAUGUGGGAAUGGUGGUGGCUGUCGGUGCGGCUUACCGCGCCAUCGCACUGAUCCUCCUGCUUUGCUUCGCAUAG